GCUGUGCACACAUUAAGAAGGCGUCUGACUUUCGAAAAUCUCAUAAGAAUGGCAACUCAUAUAUAUCUUGUUUAGUAAAGAAUCUCAGCCUUGCGGAAAAUACCCUCGAAAGGAAAUAAUCUCUUUUCAACCUGCAUCCGUAGCCAUAGCAGCACCGCCUCUAGAGAUAAUUCCGGAUCUGAUGGGAUCAUCAGGAGAUGAAAAUAAGGAGAGAGGGAACUGGUCAAGUGGAAUUGAAUUUCUUCUUUCCUGUCUUAGUUAUGCCGUGGGAUUAGGAAACAUAUGGAGGUUCCCUUACCUGUGCUAUAGAAACGGGGGAGGAGCCUUUCUUAUUCCGUACGCGAUUAUGUUGGUGUUUGUUGGCCUCCCACUCUUCUUCUUAGAACUUUCUUUCGGACAGUAUGCGAGCGAAGGACCCAUUACGAUAUGGAAAAUUUCGCCUCUCUUUCAAGGUCUAGGAUAUGCAAUGUUUUUGAUGUCUGCCCUGGUAGGAAUUUACUACAACAUGAUCCUGGCGUGGUCGUUGUUUUACCUGACAUCCUCUUUAAGCAGCAUUUUACCCUGGAGCUCAUGCGACAACUGGUGGAAUACGCUCGCAUGUCAAAAAUUUGAUACCAAAAACUGCACAGCGCUCGGAGGAAUAAUGGCAGAGAAUGGCACAUGUAUGCUAAGAAAUCAAGUUUCAAACCAAACAUGGCAAAUUUUGGAGGGUACUCUUAAAAGAACAAAAAUGGCAAGCGAUGAAUAUUUCCACAAUUUUGUGCUGGAUAUCACGGAAGGCCUUCAUGAUUUGGGAGGAAUCAGGUGGGAACUGGCCCUCUGUCUCUUUAGUUGUUGGUUCUUCGUGUUUGUUUGUUUAUUAAGAGGUGUAAAGAGCAUAGGAAAGGUAGUUUAUUUUACAGCUCUCUUCCCCUACUUAGUUCUAACCAUUCUUCUUAUCCGUGGUGUGACCCUGGACGGUGCUUACGAUGGCAUCAUGUUUUAUUUAACUCCUGAGUGGCACCGGCUAAAAGAAGCAAGAGUUUGGGGAGAUGCAGCAAUGCAAAUUUUCUUCUCUCUUUCGCCUUGCUGGGGAGGACUAAUUACCUUGGCCAGCUAUAAUCGGUUCCACAAUAACUGUUUCAGAGAUGCAUUGAUUAUUUCAUUUGCAAACUGUGGGACCAGCUUCUUUGCCGGAUUUGUCAUCUUCAGUAUUGUAGGGUUUAUGGCGCACGAACUUGGUGUAGCAGUAAACGAAGUCGCUGCACAAGGUGCUGGCCUCGCAUUCGUUGCCUAUCCCGAAGCAGUGGCUCGACUUCCAAUUUCACCUCUCUGGUCAGUUCUUUUCUUCUCCAUGCUGAUGACUUUAGGUCUGGGAACACAGUUUACAAUCAUUGAGACAGUUGUGACAACCAUUGUGGAUACUUGGCCAAACAAACUUCGUCGGUACAAAGCGUGGGUGCUUUUUUGUUCCUGCUUCGUCAUGUUUUCACUGGGUCUCUUCAUUUGCACUAACGGUGGCAUGUAUUUACUUCAACUGAUGGAUAACUACGCAGCAAGUUUUUCUGCUCUAAUUAUUGGUCUCAUUGAGGUCAUAGUUAUUAGCUGGAUUUAUGGAAUUGAUAGAUUUCUGGAUGAUGUAAAAUUGAUGUUAGGACGGUAUCCACCUCCUUAUCAUUAUUGGAAAUGUAUCUACAAAUUUAUUGUACCUAUAUUAAUUAGUCUCAUUCUAAUUUUUUCCUGGAUUGAAAUGCGUCCUACAGAAUAUGGCGAAUAUAUUUUUCCCGAUUGGGCAACUGGGCUUGGCUGGGCAAUUUCUCUCUUUUCUGUCAGUGCAAUACCGAUUGUUGGAGUUAUAAAAGUCUAUAAUGCAAACGGACCACUGUUAACUAGGUUAUCAACUUUGACGAAAGCUACAGCCGAUUGGGGUCCUAAACUUCAACACCAUCGAGCUGAAGCCCAUGCUCCAAAGCAUACAGAUUCACAAGUGCCUCUGACUAUACCAAAUUAUGACCCUGACGGUUACGGUGACGAUAACGACUCGGAUAGCAAAAACAGUGAUUGCGGAUUCUAUGGCUCCGAAGGUCUGCAAAUGUCUGUACCACAUCAUGAAACAGGACUUUAAGUGCUCAAAAAAUUUCGGACAUAGUUCCGUAUUACUAGUCUAUUUUUUACCAGGAGUAUUUUGAUAAUGUUCGUUCUAAAUGCAAAAUGCGUUACAGACUUUUAAUUUAAGAGUAAUAGAAAAAUGGCGUACAUCAAAUGAACGUUGGGAAGUUUUGAUAAAAAAGAGUAUUUUGCAGUUUAGUCUUUGAUCUUGAAGGAAGGAGAUCUGGAAAAAACAAAUUCAAGUUAGUAAGUGUGAUAGCACGUUACGAAUAUCUCAGCUAUUGUAUUCGUAUUCACUAUGAACAUGCAAAGUACCUUGGUCCCUCCAACAAGAAAAACAAAAAUGUUAAAGAAAUUUUGUACAGUCAACAUUCCAGGUUUUUCUUGAAAGUUUCUGUUUAGGAGUGAGUGUGACCUCGACCUUCAGUGUGUCUUAAAUGUAAUCAUUCUACCAAAAUUACCACGAAAAGUUGGCAACCAACCUUCUUUAUGUCAAUGUUGAAUUUUCCACAGUCGUGGUGAAAAUGUCACAUUGUCUUUGACUAUGAAAUGUUUAUCACAAAACAAGCACCAAAACUUCAAUGAAUUCUACUUUUUUCCGUCACCAUUGAGGAAAGUUUGGAAAGGUUACAUCGUAAUAUUUUAUUAGGUCUUUCUAAAAGGUGUACCAAAAAUGUCUGAUGCUAAAGAAAAACAGAACUAGAUAGAAAUGUAUCAUUUUUAUUCUUUCACUUGAAAAUCCUGGGAGUUUCAUCACUCCAAUAUCUAUAUUUAAUUACAGUUUUCGCUACACAGAUAUGUGAGAACUGGAAAGGAAUCAAAUCAUUGGCAUUUUCAUUCGGUAUUUUGCUAGGUAAUGUCUGCAGCACCACCUGGUGUCGAAAAUACUGAUUAAAUAUGCAAAUUCGUGGGGUGUUUGCUAAAACAAACUUCUGCGCAAUACCAUAUAUUAUUUUCUGUAGUUAACGUUUUAUUUCUAAUUGGAUCCUUUAAGUAAAUACAUUCACACUAUGUUAGAGAAAAAGUGCUUAUUUGGUGAUGCAAUUCUUGAUUUAUGCAUUAAAAUGAACUCUUUAAAAAAAGUAGGCUUUCAAAGAGUAUCCCUAAUGCACAUAUUAAAUAAAAUAUAAAGCAUUCCGCCAACUAAAUUAAUCAACAUCAAAAACUCCAAUCUUCCGCAAAAUAAUCCUACGAACAGUCCAUCAAAUAAAUAUAUCAAGCUUUUGACAAGCAUUUAAAGUUUUACUGUAAUACAAAAUUAAGGUGCGAGUAGCAAACAUGACGGGAGCGAGAACUAUAUUUUUUCUGUUUCCGACAUGUUAGAAGAUAAACAAGUCUGCAAGUUUCAAUGUGCCCCCUCCUUCCCAAUUUACCUUUUAAAAAGACCUAAUAAAAUUUUACAUAACCGUUGUAAAGCACAAAGCUCUGCAAGUUUGAUCAAAAAUUCUUCCGUUAAUGAAUCUGCUAUCACACAAUCUAUAUUUUCAGAAACAAUUCUAAAGCAUACUGAAAUUAAGUUAUUCCUUACUACAUGAUAGAUAAAAGAAAAACUUAAUUAUAAAUUUUCUUGGAAUAACUUAACUUCAAAGUCAAUAAGUAACUUCCAAAUUUCAAUUUUCUAUUAUUCAUACACAAUAUUAAAUAUUAACUAGUUAAAAACUAUAUGUAGCAAACGCAAUUCAUUCCAAACAACUUGUUUAAUUAGCUUAAUUAGUAGUUAAUAAUAAGGUAUGAUUAGAUGAUGUUUUCACAUUUAUUCAGAAGCAUUAAUUAUUAAUUGUAUGUUUAGUAAAUUAUAAUUCAUUGAUUUUUUCAUUCAUAAAAUAAUAAAAACUGUAAAAGUAUUUUCCUAUCCACAGUUAGAUCACAUCCAAUAAAGAUUCUAAAGAGAAACCACUCAAAACCUACUUCCCAUUCAUUUAAUCAAUGACGACUAAAUAAUAUAUUUUUUCGCCCACAAAACGAAAUAAAAAUUGCUAACUUUUACUGUAAAAGUAUUUGAUAGAAUAUUAAAGUUUAACAAUUGUCGCUUUAAACCAUUAUUGCUUCCAAUUAUAAACCUUGGGGUGAGUUGCUAUGGUAGAUAACUUACAGUUGAGUCCCGACUUACGCGAGGGAUGCGUUCCAAGACCCUUCGCGUAAGUUGAAAUUUCGCGUUGUGGAAAAGGGUAUGUGUAAAAACUUUUAUAAACAUACCCAUAUGUAAAAACUUUUAUAAACAUCCCUUCAAACUGUUAAAAAACCAUUUCUUAACAAUACAUUACUGUUUCUGAAACAAAAAAUUGAAUUUUUAUUUAUUGUGUUUAAAAAAAAAUCGUUUUAUUUAACAUAAAAAACUGCUACGAUGCACAAAAUCAAUGAUCAAUGGGAAAGGAAGACGUAAAAUAAACCACUAGGGUACGUAUAUUAUGUAGUAAGAAAAACAAAUGCUCUAUAGUUGUUGAAACUUUCUCUUUUUCCUUCUAUCUUCACAAACUUUAAAUGAAACAGCGCUCUUAUAUUUCAUUAACUUUCCCAUAUAGAAUGAAAAAAAUAAAUGGAAAAUGAGGAGUAGUUAUUUGUAUAAGCGAUGUUUAGACUAGUACGGUGUGGGAACUUCCGCCCUCAGCUAUGCCAAAGGAUGAAGGUCCAUUCACGAAAAAAACCACGAUUCCCUUCGGAAAAUUUUCAUGUUGCAGGUGAAGAAUUCGCGUUAGAAAUGAAAUUCUUUACCGGGGGAAAAAUCGCGUUAUAGCCAUUUCGCGUAAGUCGGAUCGCGUUGUAGCGGGAGUCGACUGUAUUACUAUUUUGUUCGUAUUUAAAGAUGUCUCAUUACGUUUUAUAUUGUGAUAUUUUCUCGAGGGAGGUAUUUAUUUUUUUGUUUUGAGGACAGUAUGUGUGCCAAUGGCAGAGUUUCCUGUCAAACUCCGUUGCUUGCGUCUUGCUGAGGAAAUGCUUGAUACAUAAUAAUUGUGUGUGCGUGUACUUAAAAUUUUAGUUUGCCGCUGCAAAAAUUUGUCAAAAGGUGAACGUCUUUGAAAUACAAAUUUAAGGGAAGAAAUGAAUUUAGAAGGACGAACUACAUUUAAUUAAUUCGCAAUUUGUCAUUCUGAAGCAUUUUUUAAAUUUCGUGCACACUCUUUUAGAAUUGUUUGUCAUUCAGAUUCAGUAAAGUGUAAUUUCAUUUUAUUGAAAAAAAAAAGUAAAGCACAUUUAAAUUUUAAGUUUAUUUUGUUUCUUGAUUUUCUUAGACAUUUUAUGAAUAUACUAUAAAACACUUUUCAAUAGCUGGAAAAUAUUGUAUCCGUGAAGUUUGUGUCUAAGAGAGCGACAAGGAAUAGAAGAGAAGAUUUUGCUCCUAUUUCAUAAAACAUAACACAUUUUUUAAAACUAAAGUACACGCUUUAAAUAAUCAAAAAGAAAUUCUAAUGAUAAAAUUGAGUAAGUUAAAAAAUGAAAAAUUUCAAACAAAGAGCGAAAACAAUGAUGAAUCCUUAUUUUUUAAUAAUAAAACAAAAUGUAUAAUUAAACAUUUUAUUUGUCUCGUUUGUAUCUUAGUUUUUGCAUUUAAUAAAAUUUCCCUCACUCUCAAUUGAUUUUUAAGGAAAAAUACUUACUUCCAGUUUAGUUUUACUUCUUUCGAAAAUGUUACUUAAUCGUACUUAAGUAUACGAAGACAAUGAAAUGCAUGAGGCGAAAUAAGUCACAAUGGAAACAAUCUUUUAUUUUACGAUUCAGUACAGACUUCUUGAUUAUAUAAAACAAUAUAUUUUUACUAAUAAACAAUUAAUGAACGAACAAAAUAUUAUGUUCUGCUAGCUGUGAACUCCACAAAAUUCAGUGCCUAUUUUAAUAUACAACUAUCUGGCAAAUUUCACGCUUACGUUGAAUAAAAAUAUAUUUCCUCCUUCGUAUUACAAAAAGGAAAACUUAAAAAACAAAAUAGAGUUUAGUUUUUGAUUUUGUAGUAACCCAAUGUCAACUAUCCCUUAACCACUAAUUCGCAUUAAAAUAUUGUUUUUCUUCGUCAAUCAAAUUGUUUGAAUAUUUGGUGAAAACCAUCAUUAACUUUCAUAAACAAACUCAACUGUAGUAGAAAAUACAUAUUUUCCAUUUCCCUUUAAUGUAAUACACCAUUCAUGCUCAUCAAGUUUAAAUAUAUAUUUUCUCAUUAUAAAAGUGAAAAAUUGCAUGUUACACGAUUUUAUUUUUGGUUGUAUAUAAGUUUUAGGCAAGUAUGUCAUUUCGUACCUUCGCAUGAGGAAGUACAUAUCGCGCCAUUUUCAUUGUACAAAAUCAUUCAUUUAUUUAAAUAGUAUGAAGUAAGUGCAAUAGGUCAUUUGGUCAAGAUUGUUACCAAUGUUUCACCUUAAGUAGAAAUUAAAUUGUAGUAAUUCUUAAUGAUUAUAUUUUUGCAAAACCAAUGUAUGACCACUUUUUAAUGACAUACAAAAGUUAAUUAGUAAAUUGUUUAUUCUUACUAUAUUUUAUGGUGGUUUUAAAAGUUCCAAAGAACUCUAUAUCUUAUGACUUAAUUUUUGUUCUUUGUAAAUUUGGUUGUAUUUUAUGUCAUACUACAAAUCAUUCAAAAGCAUUGGUAAUGCUAUGCAAAUAAUUUUAUAAAAUGUAUUGUACAUAGCUAUGUAGAAUGUUUUUUAAAAAUAAUUAUUAAAUAAAAGUAU